AUGGUAGCGGACCAACGAAGUGUCCGUACGGCUGGUGGUGCAUCAACGCAGGUUGGUCAUGCUGUGGAGCGCAUGGACCAGGCUUGGCCGGAAGUCAUUCCCUGCCAGAGAGGCGUAGUCUGGAGGAUUCAGUGGCUUACCGCCGGUUUCCCACAGAGAAGCCUCCAGCUCAUGUUUUCACGCUCUGAAACGACUUGGUUUGAGCUGAAUGAUCGGUGCUGCGACUCGGAUUUGGACACUAACAGCUGUACAGAGUGUUUGAGACGGCAGCAGAAAAGAGGUCAUGCUCAAAGCUACCAUUUUUCCUUUGAGUCCACACCUGGCUUGGACGCAAGUCGCUCUUGA